CAGCGGCACGCGUUUAGUGUUCGCCAGUCCGUCCAACGGAUAACAGCUCCUAAAAUUAGCAAAUCAAGAGUGUAAUUUAUUAAACCGCCUUCGCCAAAAUUACUGCAGCCAUAAAAAACACUCUUCUACACCGGAAAACAAUCAAGCAAUCGGUUCAAUUAUGUCACAGUUGUACGAACUCUCCGAGGUGGCCGUGCAGAAUGGCAAGAACGGCAAACCCUGCUGGCUGAUCAUCAAGGGAAACGUCUACGAUGUGACCAAGUUCCUCAGCGAACAUCCUGGCGGUGGCGAUGUACUCCUCGAAUAUGGCGGCAAGGAUGCCACCAAGGCCUUCAAGCAAGCCGGACACUCCUCCGAUGCCGAAAAGGAUCUAAAGAACUACAAAAUCGGAGAAAUUAACUCUGCUGCACCCAUUCAAAUACAGCCCACUUCCAUUGGUGCAUCGAAACCGGCGGAAAACACAAUAUCAGAAGAUCCCGAGCCGGCAAAGAAAAGCUCUUCCGGCUUCUGCUGCUGCUAGUCAUCGUUUUUCACAUGUCAUUU